AUGGCUCCGAAUUUUAGGAUUGUCGGGUCAUUGGCAGAGUUGUAUCCGGCAUCGAAGCAGAAAGUCUCAGAGUCUUCAACUGCCUUGUGGAAAGAACGCCGGGUCCAGCAGAGAUGGCUAUUAAACUCCCACCCCGAAGUCUUUGUAGGGGGUGCUACAGAUUUGGGUGAUUAUCUGAAAGAGGAUAUGGAACGAUUUGAGAAAUCGGAAGACGGCGAUAAUGACGGACCUCUUCUUGCUGUGGGCGAGAUGAAUGAUGUGCGAGCUCCCCCCAGGCUCAAGGGAACACCACUGUUGGCAGUGGCCACCGGAGAAUCCGGUGCACGGCUACGGCUGACGAGGAUGGACGAGUCUCAGUGGCGGUGGGGUGAUAACAAGGAUGCGAUUCUCAAUCUCUCAGUUGUUGACUCUAUACAUCAGGAAGAGGAGACGAUAUGGCCAGGCGACGGUUUACCCAUUAUGAAGAUCAAAUUUGCUACAGCAUACUGGCAACAAGGCUCAGUGCGAUGGCUUCUGGUCCAAAGCCAAACUUCCGUUACCAUCUUGUGUCCUGAGUAUCAUCGAAAUCCACAGCCAGAUAGCGGGAGAUCGAGCUCUCGGUCACAGCCGCCGUCUUUUAUUGCGCCAAAUCCUUUAGUCACACUACAUCAUCAUCAGACAGGUGGCAAUGCCUUCUCUGAUGUUUGCUUCAACCCGCCGUCCGUUGGAUCUCCGCCACAAAUAGCCAUCAUUGACGAAUGUGGUUAUUGGACUGUUUGGAGUCUACAAGGUACUUGGCAAGUAGCCAAGAAGACCCUUCGGCUGUCUUUGUACAAGUGCGGCCACAUAUGUGAGGGUGUUCUUGGAACAAUCCCAAGAGUGUGCAGUUAUCAAGCCCAGAGGCAUGGCAUGCUACAAAUUGGACGAACCGAUGGAGACGAUUCGCCGCAUGUCACCACCAGGCGCGCGGAAUAUAUCAGACAGAGUCUUGGUCAUUCCCAACAUGUCUUGGUGUGGAACUCGGAACGCAUCUCCCUCGUGGACCUAGAAAGCGACUCCGUUUCGCCACAUUCAGACAUUCUCUCAGCACAGUCAAGAAAAAAGCCAAUUUGUAUUCUCGACGUUCAAAAAAGCCCAAGCAACGAAAACCACGUAUUCGUCCUGACCACUCGUCAGGUGAUCUGGCUAGAUGUACUUCCCGAGGGUACAGAGCCCAGAACUAUCGCUCAACCGAAAACUCUACUCGCUUGCUCUCAUGUCGGCUUUUGGAAUACAGACUGCAAGAUGUCUGUUUGCCAGGUGUCAGAAAACAAACUAGAUGGCAGCAUGGUCUUUGUUUUUUCACCUUUUGCAGAUCAGCUGACCGUGUACUGGUUCAACUUUUCUUCAGAUACGGAGCUCCCGCAGUGGCACCGUCACAUCACUUCUUUGUCCGCGCGAAGCAAAGAGAGGUCAUUAAGCAAAGCGCAGUCUAUUAGGGUGCAGCCCGCAGAGCUUGAGUUAUCGGCUGCAGGCGACGAACCUGGGCCAGGGACGGAAUAUGCCCAUGCAGACACAAAGUUUUAUCAGAUCACCGUCCUCGAUAGAGACUUGGGUGUGCGAUACUGCAUAUGCACCUCCUCCAUUGAUCCGUCGCUCGAGGUAAGUCUGCCUACAUUCCGUAUUGGUUGGUCCAAAUCAGCCAAUAGUCGACGCUGGAAGCGGAGGAGAAAACGUUUCUUGCACCACAUGACGAAAGCCUUCGUGCUGCCCGACAGCGUGACGGACAACGACCUGGAUUCUGUGCUUCAGAAGCAGAAAUCCGGACCAAAUGAUGACGACACCUCUGGCGAAGUCACGCUAAACGAGGCUCGGCCUGUGCUGUUAAAAUUUGGCUCCAUAGCUCAAACAAUUACGUCACAUCUACAAGCUGCGAUUUCUGAAGGCGAGAGCGGUCUACCGAUGCAGUUGAUUGACGCUGUUCAGCGUAUAAUCGAGCAUGGUAUAGAGGAUAACUCUUUGCCUCUUACAUCGUGGUGGGUUCGACGGCUCCGGGUUCUGCAUUGGGGCAAAUAUACUAAUAUAAGCUGCAGGAUACAGAUAGUUUCGACGCUCGACAAACCGCUCGUCUAUGGGGACCCUGGCGAAGGGAUGGAGGCCGAGAUUGAAGGUCUACUGGGUAGCGCAGAUGAACAUGUGGUUGUGACGCAACUGAGGAGACGAUAUGCAGAUGAACCACCAGGGUCUCUUCUUGGUUAUCCCUUGUUAAUGGAAGAACUUUCUGAACUGUGGCUCACUGCGGUAGCAGACUCCCUGCCAAAUGAGAUGCAGACGAUUCGAAAAAUCUGGGUGGCGGAGAUUGCUAGGGACAUAUUCUUGUCCAGCUACGGCGUCAUGGUGCAGAAUGUCCCCCUCAUGGGACCGAGCGGUUACGAUCUUGUGGAAGAGAGCCAAGUGGACAGUUUCACGCCACGUUCUUCCAAUCAAGUACCGUACUCCAGCCAAGCAAGUGCCUCAUCAUCGCAAGCAUCUGUUUUGGCAGAUGAUGUUCCCGAUGCUGCCUUCCAGCGACUCAAGCUUCUCGCACCGACCAUCAAACAAGGGACGCUAGGUUCGCUCAAACCGCCCAAGGUUCUUUCCUACUGGCCUACAGAGCGUGGUAUCGACACUGAAAACUACGUUUCUAGUAUCGCGGUUGCAACAGAGGAGAAGUUCUCUCAUGCCAAACGGCGUCUGCAGAGAAUCGAAGCCAAGAGAAAGGCACAGUCUGAAAAGUUCAAGCGCCCUGCGUUCAUGCGACAAGGCUUCCCAGCCAGCGAUGGCCUGGGCGAAGAUGCCUCGAGUAUGGACAUGCGACCACCCCCAGUGCAAGUAAUGUCUAGUCAGCAGCGCAUGCCAGACUCGUCGCAGUCUUUUGGUGUUCCGGGGCCCUCGGUGACAAUGAGCCAGCCGGUUUCUGGUGCUUUUGGAGAUAGAAAGAAGGUUAAGAAGGGGAAAAGGAAAAGUGGAUUCAGAUAA